UCAAGGGAGUCCACUUUAUGGUGCUCCACAUCGCCGUCGCACGUUCAUCGACUGCCAAAGCAGAAGCAGCGAUUCAAUCGAUUCACAGCGAUCAAACGCCGUUAGUUAGCCUCGGCAGCUCGUGUUAAGCACUCGAAGUGACUCGAUUGAUUGUGUUUCGCUUGUUUUAUUUUCGAAACCAGAAUCUAAUCGACGCAUUAUCGUGUAGUGCCGAAAAACUGGAUUAUCGAUUAUCGAGAAGCACAGCACAACGGUAGUUGCGAUAAGCAAAACUCUUGACUGUUGCCUCUGCAAAAGUGCUGUGCGCCGAGUUCAACGUUUAGUUUGCACACAGUUGCCGUUAAAUAUUGAGUGUGUGUUGACCAUUGUGCCAAGCAAUCAUCAUCAUGGGUGUUAAGGUUAAGAAUCCCACGAGUGCCCAGAUCGAGGAACUGCGCCAGCGUUUCAAUACACAAUACGCUAACUCGCCGCCGGCAGCUCCCUUCCAUCACGUCGACCUUGCUCGCAUACGCAAUGAAAACUUGUGGCUUCAACGUUUUCUGGAAAUGCACGAUCUGGACAUGGACACCGCGUUCACCAAGCUCUGGGAAACUUGUGUGUGGCGUCAAUCGUAUGGAGCCAACGAUCUGCAUCACAGUCAACUGAAUCAAGAAUAUCUGAAUCAGGGUUGCGCCUUUGUGCAUAAUCAGGAUGUGGAUGGCAAGCCAUUGCUUAUAUUUCGAGUUAGGCUGCACAAUAAAUCGAAAAAUUUGGAUGAACUCAUACGCAUUGUCGUCUAUUGGGUGGAGCGUGUGCAGCGUGAGAAUCACUUGACCCAAUUGACAAUUUUCUUCGACAUGGCGGGCACGGGUUUGGCCACAAUGGAUCUGGACUUUGUAAAGCGCAUUGUGGAAACUUUUAAGCUCUACUAUCCAAAUGCACUCAAUUAUAUCAUUGUCUAUGAGCUUGCUUGGGUGUUAAAUGCCGCGUUUAAGGUCAUCAAAGCUCUGCUGCCGCCAAAGGCAGUUGAGAUAUUGAAAAUGAUAUCGAAAAAGGACGUCACUCAAUACGUGACCAAGGACAACUGUCUGACCAGCUGGGGCGGCACUGACGACUACGAAUACAGCUUUGCGCCACCCUCCGAGUCGAAGCAGGCAGUACCCAAAAUCGUGGCUGCAAAUGCCGGAGACGCCGAGCAGCCACCUCAGGAUUACGAUAAGAAGGUUCACUUCGCCGAGAUGGUGCUGCAUGAUACGAGCAUUAAAGAACUGCACACGCCCUCGGAUGGUGAGGGUAUGUUGCAAUUGGAACCAUCAGAAAAUGUUAAUUUUUGUCCACACACCGGGGAUGCCAAGCUGACCCUCAAGAACAUUUCACAACAGCCCAUUGUCUACAAAAUACAAACCACAUCGCCGGAAAAGUUUCGUGUGCGUCCACGUUGUGGCGUUAUUCCGGCACAAUGCGCAGUUGACGUCAGCAUAUGUCUGAAGUCGGAUCAUCAACUUAGCCCCGAUGGCAAGGAUAAGUUCCUUGUCAUGGCAGCCGUGGCACCGAGCGCCGACUGCGGUUCCCAGGAGGUGGCCGACAUAUGGAAGGAGAAGGGCACAAAUGAUGCAGACGUGGAGAACUAUCGUCUGGUAUGCCGUCAUUUGGGUAAAUCCAAAGAGGGUAUGGAUGUUGUUCAAUCAGGCGGCUCUCAAGCUGGUAGUAAAUUCGGUCCACAGGAAUUACAGGAGCAGGCCAGAGAAAUGUCAGCCCAAUUGAGGCAUACAAGAAAUUUGCAAUAUGUAACAUUAGCACUCAUCGUGCUAUUAUUUGCUGGCUUUGGUUUUUUGCUUUUCGAGCGCAUACAUUUCGCAUCAGGGGAUUCGCAGGGAUCUGCAGCGGGAGCUUGCCAACAGACGGCGCCGUAUAAAUGUGCCAAGCACAAAUAAUAUUUACUGUCGCAAUGCAAUCUGACCAGGCUAGACGAUGCCACUGUUAGUCACGACCAUCGCAAGAGCAACAACAACAACAAUAAUAAGAAUAAUCCGAUUAAUGAUAACCAACAAAACAAUGAUAAAGAGAAUUGUGUGAUUUGUGAUUUGCGCCUGGAACUGGACUACAUUGAUGCUGAGGAUGUUGGCAAUGUUAACGAUGAUGAUGACUAUAAUACAGAUUGCCUGGAAGCGCUUCUGCUGGCACAGCAGCUGCAGCAGCUGCAACUGUCGAUGCGCAGUGGUCGUGUGAGUGACAGUCAGAUGGGAGGCGUUGCCAAUGGCGGUCAUCUGCUUGGUCUCAUUGCAUUCGCACGUAAAAUAGCGCGCGUGCUACUUUCGCUCUCAUUGUUAUGCUGCAUUUUGUUCCUCAGCUUCUACCUGGGCAACAGCUACGACGUUCACAAUGGGCAAGCAACAGCCUCAGAUCACCCUCAUUCAGCAGCAGCAUCAGCAACAACAGCGACAGACAUGUCCUUGGUCAACAGCACCUUGAGAAACACAUCAUCAACCACCAUUAACAGCAACAGCAUCGCAAUCAACUCUUCGGCUUCAGCAGUUAAUAGCCAUCAUUCACCAGAAACAUAUUCCAUAUAGAGAGAGAUCACCACAAUAUACAAUUUAGUAAUGUAUAUUAUACAAUAUACAAGAGUCACAAGUGCAAAAUUUCUCCAACACUCUUCUUAAGAUUGUAAUUUCAAAAUUCGCUUGAAGCAGAGAGCUUCGAGUAUUGUGUAGAAUUUAUCUUUGAUCAACUUUAGCCCAACCCAUCAAAAGGAAACAGCCGCUGGAAACAAUGAAUUUGUAGUAAUUCCAUGUACGAUAUAUAUACUAUGUAAAUUAUAAACAAUUUAAUAUUAAUAAUUAAACAAAAAAGUUGAUUAGUUUGUAAAUACA